AUGGGCAAGGCCCUCUGUAUCGUGGCUCCCCUGAAAGGAAUGUUUGCAGAAUGCUCUCUCUCUCCAGACUGUGGCUACUGCUAUCAGAUAGAUAUGGGGGCAUUGGUGGGCAUCAUCGCCUGUGACAUCAUCCUGACCCUCCUCAUCGCUCUCGCCAUGUUCUGUUUUGCUUCAUUACGGAAGAAGAGGAGUCAACAGGAAUCCAGACUGGAGGGUAAAGGGAAAACACUCACAGCAUCAAAAAGGAAGACAGUAGAAAUCACAGAGUCUCCCUACCAGGAGCUGCAUGGAAUUCAGUCAGACGUGUACAGUGAUCUCCAACAGUUUCAGAAAUGAGACGGACUGCAUGUAUCUUGCUGCCUGGUGCUUAAAUCUGACAAGGACUGAAAUUUGCACAUCUGGGAUUUAUAUUUAUACUCAUCUCCUUACUGUUAUCUUUCAACUUUUGUGUGUCUUUCUAAUUGUACAGUU